ACAAAUACACACACGCUCCCGACACAAACACACUCACGCGCGCGAGUGCGCGCGCAAUUUUCCGCUCACACUGUUUUUUAACGGCUGUCGAACGGCGCGGAGCAGCGAUGUGGAUCCAGAUCCGGACGAUCGACGGUAAAGAGACGCGGACGGUGGAGGAUCUGUCGCGCCUCACGAAGAUCGAGUCGCUGCGCGUGAAAAUCACAGAGAUCUUCAAUGUGAAGCCCGAGCAGCAGCGGCUCUUCUACAGAGGAAAACAGAUGGAGGAUGGGCAGACGCUUUUCGAUUACAACGUCGGCCUUAACGACAUCGUCCAACUUCUCAUUCGCUCACAGACCGACCCGCCAGACAGCCCCGCCCUCAACAAUGGUGAGGGUGUGACCUGUAUUGUGGCCCCGCCCACCACAGCUUCUGUCCCACCCUCAGCCACACCCACCACAACAAUAGUUUCCCCAGCAAUCAUCUGCGAUAGCAACGGAAAUGGUUCCAAAUCCUGUAGUCCAGUGUCGGACAGUAAGCCCUCCACAUCCGGCCGAACAUUCCUCAUCGAUCCCGGGAUCGGACUGUACAAAAUUAAUGAGUUGGUGGACUGUAGAGAUGUCAGUGUUGGCGCGUGGUUUGAAGGCAUCAUAGAAAAAGUCACUCCCGCCACUAAAGGACAGAACGGCAAAGCAGAUGCAGCACCCCCUGCUGGCAGGGUGGGUCGCCCCAGCAAACGGACUAUUGCAAAGCUGGAUUCUGAGGAGAAAUCCACCACUAUGGACAGUAACGGCACAUCUGAGAAAACAUUAGACAACAGCGAACCAUCGACCUCAAAAACUGAUUCAGCACACAGCCGCGAGGACGUCAUGUACCACAUUAAAUACGAAGAUUACCCUGAGAGCGGCGUGGUGAAAAUGAUCCCGUGUGACGUGCGUCCGCGAAGCAGAACUCUACUACGGUUUGAUCAGCUGGCGGUGGGGGACGUCGUGAUGGUCAAUUAUAAUCUGGGGCUUCCGGAAGAGCGAGGAUUCUGGUAUGACGCUGAAAUCACGUCACUGAACGCCGUCUCACGCACCAACAGAGAGAUCCACGUCAAGAUUCUGCUGGGAGGGCAGGGCGAUGCGAUUGGUAGUCGUAAGCUGACGUUUCUUGAUGAGAUUUACAGGAUAGAGAAACCCGGAGCGCCUGCACUGUCUGCAGCUGAUGGACCCUUCAAACGUAAGAGCGGUCCCGAGUGUAAACACUGUAAAGCGGAUCCAGAUGUGGAGUGUCGCUUCUGUUCGUGUUGUGUUUGCGGUGGGAAACAGGACGCUCACAUGCAGUUAUUGUGUGACGAGUGUAACAUGGCGUUUCACAUUUACUGCCUCAAUCCACCGCUGUCAGAAAUACCGGACGACGAGGACUGGUAUUGUCCCACCUGUAAGAAUGACAGCAGUGAGGUCGUUAAAGCCGGAGAGAAACUCAAAACCAGCAAGAAGAAAGCAAAGAUGCCGUCAGCCACUACAGAGAGCCAGAGAGACUGGGGGAAGGGUAUGGCAUGUGUGGGCCGAACUAAAGAAUGCACUAUCGUCCCCUCCAAUCACUACGGGCCGGUUCCCGGCGUUCCGGUCGGAACAACAUGGAAGUUUCGCGUUCAGGUGAGCGAGGCGGGCGUCCACAGGCCUCAUGUCGGUGGGAUUCACGGUCGCAGUAACGACGGCUCGUACUCGCUGGUGCUUGCCGGAGGAUUUGAAGACGAAGUCGAUCGGGGUGAUGAGUUCACCUACACGGGCAGCGGAGGUCGUGACCUUUCAGGAAACAAGCGAAUCGGAGAGCACUCGUUUGAUCAAACUCUAACGCACAUGAACAGGGCUCUUGCGCUGAACUGUGAUGCCCCCCUGAAUGAUAAAAACGGGGCAGAGUCACGCAACUGGCGGGCGGGAAAACCAGUGCGAGUGAUUCGCAGCUCAAAGGGCCGACGAAUCAGCAAAUACGCACCGGAGGAGGGAAACCGCUACGAUGGGAUUUAUAAGGUGGUGAAGUACUGGCCGGAGAUCGGGAAGUGUGGUUUCCUGGUAUGGCGUUACCUGCUGCGGCGAGAUGAUCUGGAACCAGCACCGUGGACGCCUGAGGGAAUCGAACGGAGCAAAAAACUGGGCCUCAAAGUCCAGUAUCCUCCUGGUUAUCUGGAGGCGAUGGCCAAUAAGACGCGUCGAGAGGCGAGUGUCAAAGCGGUGGGCAGGUCCUCACGGGGCAGAAAGAGAGGUCGACCGCGUUCACGGGCGUCCAAAAAAGUUGAAGAGGAGGAGGAGAAACCUAUGAUGGACAUGGAUGAAGAUCUGCAGAGUAACGGCAGUGAAAACAAUCCUGAAGAUGACAGCACAAGUGUGUGUGAGGAGCAGAACGAGCCGGAGGUGAAGCGGUCGAAGGACGUGGAAUCGUUUGUUUUGUCUGAACAGCAGAAGAACCUGAUACAGGAGGACGAACCAAACAAGAGAGCGUGGGACGAAGCUCUGAGCUUCCUGACGGAGGGACCGAACUUCCUGCGUAAGGUGGAGCAGCUCUUCAUGUGUGUGUGCUGUCAGGAGUUAGCCUACCAGCCAAUCACAACCGAGUGCUCGCACAACGUCUGCAAGACGUGUUUGCAGAGGUCGUUUCGAGCUGAAGUGUUUUCCUGUCCCGCCUGCCGUCAUGACCUGGGCAAAGAUUACAACAUGACCCUCAACAAAACCCUGCAGCUGAUCCUCGAUCAGUUUUUCCCUGGAUACAGUAAAGGACGAUGAGUCACACACACACACACACACACACACGGGCUCUCAAAACAACACCAGCCUGACAUUUGCAUUCAAAGACACGUGACAAACGCACAUCGUCAUGACCACAAACUCAACGGACGCUGUCUGGCCCUGCUGAAGAACGAAACGAUCACAGAGAGAGAAAUAAAGUGAUGGCAGACAUCAUUUCUGUUCAUCAGGAUUUAAUCAGUUGCCUAAAAAUAUAAAUCUCAAGGUCCAAGGUGAAUCUCACAAAUAUCCAGGUCAUAAGUCACUCCGAAAUCAAAAGACAGAAAUAAGAAAUUAAGAUAAGAAUUUUCAUGACAGUUAAAAACAUUUUCACCCCAGAUUGUCAUUACGGUUAUUUUUCAGAUGUUUUAUUUUUGGGUUGAUUUAUUCUCAUUAGAGUUUCAUAAGAUAAUUUUUAUUUUUAUUUAAAUCAGCAUAAAAAUACUAUAAAGUUUAAUACUUUUAAUAUGUAUAAUUUUAAUGUUUUAGUAUGUAUAAAUACAAUUUAAAAAUAUAUGAUUAUUAUUUUAUUUUUAUUUUAUUUUUUUUGCAUUACAGUAAUGAGAAUUUAGGGGAAAAUGGUUUUAAUUGUUAUGAAAUAAUUAGUUAAAUAAAAAAUUAAAAAUGUAUGUCCCUAUAAAUAAAUCUUAAUCAUUCUAAAAAAAAUUAUUAUUAUAUUUUUUAUUUUAUUUUUUGUGCAAAUAUAAUUAUAUAAAAAUGUUGGGGUGAUUUUUAGGGUGAAAUAUGACAGUAUUUGACUGGUUUUGUGAGAUGAGAACAGAUGUCUAACGCUGAGGUCAAUAAACUGCUUUGAGGAUUUUGGUUUUAAUGCAGAUAGUUCAAAGUUGUUCAUUGAAUAUAUGAUCUUAAAGGAAUAUUCCGGGUUCAAUACAAGUGUAGCUCAAUCAACAGCAUUUGUGACAUAAUGUCGAUUACCACAAAAAUUAAUAUCGACUUGUUCCUCCUUUUCUUUAUAAAAGCACAAAUGUGUGUUCCAGUGAGACACUUACAAUGGAAGUCAAUGGGGUCAAUCUGUAAACAUUAAAAUACUCACUGUUUCAAAAGUAUAGACACAAGACAUAAACAAUAUGUGUGUUAACAUGAUUUUACUGUCAUAAAAUCACUUACUAACCACAUCUGUGUAACAAAGUUGUAAAAUUGGAUACAACGUUACACAGAUGCUUCCAUUCUAUUUUAUUUUAAAGAAAAUGAGGAACAAGUCGGAAUACAUUUUUGUGGUAAUCAAAAUUGAACCCGGAAUAUUCCUUUAAUUAGUAUUUAAUUUGCUAGUCUAAUCAACCCCAAAUCUUCAGGACAAUUAUCCUGUGUAUCGAAAGUGAAAAUCUGUCAGAAUCGCUCCAGGACGGCAUGUAAAUAUGGAGUAAAGGUCCUGAACUGCAGUUUGUCUCCUAGGGCUGGGCGAUAAAAAAUGUUACAAAAUAUCGCGAUAUCCAAUUAUAUCGUCAACCCCCCUUGUGAGAGUCGGUGAAUAUAUUUGCUUUAAUGAUUUUGCUUUAAAAUUGUAAUUCAUUGAUUGAACAUGGAAAAACUUAGACAUUUCUAAAUUCAAAUUGCACUUUAAACUAAACGAAAAAGCAAUUAAAUAACAAAGUGAUCAAAACAGUCUUAUUUAAACAUUUACCGUCUCCAACGACUCCAUCAUGCAAGUAUCCGUCAAAGAUAACAGGUGGAAAAUUAAUAAUAUCCUACAGAUUAAUUACUAAAGACAAUUAUAAAUGUAAAGAUAAUAAUCAUCAUAAUAAAUAAGCCUAAUAAAUUCCCUUGUGUUUCCAAAAUAAUGCUGUCAAACGUGUGUUCUUAUCGACUAAAUUUUAGGUUCAACGUGUCUUGUAUUACUUUAUGAUUUAAUCACUUUCAUCUUUGUUUAUUUAAUAGAAAGAUAUAUAUUACUGAACCUGCAGAGUUGCGUUCACAAUGCAUGUCAACCAUGUGGAAAUAACGAGAAUUAAACUCACAGCACCUCCUGAGAUAAUCGGAGAUCAUUUGCAGCAUUCUUAUAGACGACAUUAUUCUUGCAAACAGUUUUCAGAUGAAUGAAACAGAGAAAAAGCGUGAGAACUCUCUACAUGCGCUUGUUCCUCGAGACAGGGUCCCGCUGCACGCCUCUGAACAAACAGCGAAUCAGACACGAGCAUUGACGGCUUUUCUUUUGUCUGUUCUUAACAAUAUAAUAAAGUGUGUUUCAUCAAGCGCGAGUCUUUGUGUCUAACAGCAUUUCUUGUCAUGCGUCACUCCGAGGCGUCUUACAGGUCGCCCGUCUGUUACGGGUAGAUGAGCAAAAUGACCUGUGCAUGAAAUGCAUCUGGACGAGGAACUUACGAACUGGAUUCAGCGUUGUCGCAUUUGGAGGGUGGCGGGUGCUAGUUUCACACCCUGGCUACUGUUUAAUGUAUUUGCCGACUUCCCAGAGCCAUGGUUUUGCCAUUUCCUGAUAUUGUUGAUCAUCGUCUGUUCGUAAUUGGCAUCGGGAUCUUUGUAAGACAUCGUCGAUAUCCGAUUGCAUUGUCCUUUCGCCCAGCCCUAUUGUCUCCCUUGAGCUGAUUAUUCAUUUAAAAUCCAGCGAUAAACAGAAGUCUGAUCUGAGCUGCACGGGACCUGCAGAAUGUUGAUAUUCAUCAUGUAAAUGGAGUGAUAAAGAGUUUUGAGGCUGAUCUGGGGUCAGACGGAGUUAUAAAAAUCAACUACGAUUCAGAUUUUAAACUCAUUCACUGAAAAAGUUGUUUUCAUAAGCAGUAUUUUUAUUUUAUUUUUUGUCUUGUUUUUCAGUUAAAAUAUGUAAUCAUUCUAACAAAACCAGUUUGACUUGAAAAUGUAAUUAAUGGUGCUGUAAGUGAUUUCAGCCGUUCUACACCCACGAGACUGAGCCGUUGAAUUAGCCACGCCCCCUUGUUCCAAAACCCCGCCCUCCAGAGAUGCCAAAAUGAGCUUUACUGAGAGCAGAAUCGGUUGUUUAAAACAACCGCAGCAAAACAGCGCCCUCCACUGACAACUCUUAUGAACAACAUGGCAUAAAAAUGGCAUUAAGCCUCAAUAAUUCACUGCAACUACAAUACUAUGAGAACAUGCAAAAUGAUUGACAGGUCGAAAGCGUCAUUGUCCGUGGACACAUUUUUGUUUGUUGUUUAGAGUCUAGAGCUGUCACAGAGACCGGUGAGAUAUCUCACGACACUUAUUUCAGUAAUAUCUCUCAGGGAGUACAAACAUAUUUUUGCAUCCCUUUCCAUGAACAAAAUCGCGUACAGCACCUUUAAUUGUAUCUUUCUUGUUUUAAGCAUAAACCUCAUUAAGUGCUUUAAUCUUAAUGUUUGUCUCAGUUUUGCUUCUCAAGUUGUUUACCUGUUUUUACUGGAAAACAAGACCAAAAUACUGAUUUGGUAAAUAAUAUUUUGCCGUCUUAAGGGAGAGAGCAUGUUCUCACUUCCUGUCUGUUGCUCGUAUUGUUUGUCUAGUAUAUGGUGAUUGCCCUUUUGCAUAAAAGAUUCUUUUUUUUUUUUUUGUUUGUUUCAGGAAAUGCAAAUGUACAAUGUUUCAAGCUUAUACCGUUGUCUCUACAGCAAACUGUGAUGUGUGUUGCUUUCACAUGAUAUAGCGUCUUUGUUUUUCUGUUUUCUUUGCUAAAGCAGUUUCAUUUCCAGUCCUGCGCAUACUCACGUGUGAUCUCUCUCGCUGUACUGAUGCGCUUCAGCUUUACUGUGUUGUUAAAUGUUUUUAUUGCACUUACUAAAGAUGAUAAGAGAUUUUCAAAGCUGAAAUGUUGACGUUCUGAAGCUGACGGCACAUUAGCCGGUGAGAGUCGUUGGUUUAUUUUCCUAAUAUUAUUUAGUUCCUGUUCUGCUCUUAUUGUUAGCUCUUUAAAUGUGGCAAAUUUUACCUGCAGUCGCAGCAGAAACAUCAAUUGUGAUUCCAAAUUUUAUACAUGGUAUAAUAAUUGUUAUGUACUUAUUAAAUAUUUUGAUUCCAGAAACAGUGUGCGGUUUCUGUCAAUGACAUCACAGCGCCUGAUGGAUUCAGUUUAAGAUUUGACGUUUCACACAUACUGAAGAAUAAAAUGUUCUGCUGUUUUGGGUUUUAUUAAGGUUGCUCUUUCAUAUCUCAGUAGACUGACAUGAUUCUCAUCAUUUACUCACACUCAUGCCAUCCCAGAUGUGACUUUCUUUCUUCUGCAGAACAGAAAUGAAGAUUUUUAGAAGAAUAUUUCAGCUCUGUUGGUCCAUACAAUGCAAGUGAAUGGUGACCAGAACUUUGAAGCUCCAAAAAGCACAUAAAUGCAGCGUAAAAGUAAUCCAUAAGACUCCAGUGGUUUAAUCCAUGUCUUCAGAAGUGAUAUGAUAGGUGUGGGAUAUUUUCACUAUAAAUUCUCCCUGCUCAGUAGGUGGCGAUAUGCACGAAGACUGUGAAUCAACAAAAACACAAGAAGAAGAAUGUGGAAGUUAAAGUGGUAAAAAAGAAUGAACCACUGAGUGUGGGAUCUCCAAGUAGUCUGAGAAGCUUUCUGAAUCGUUCUGUCAUUUUAAAGGUGCACUUACACUGGCUUACACUGACACCUAGUGGCCUGGAUGCUGCAUCAUUCAAACACAGUAGUUUUCCGUUAUCAGUGCCAUUGUAGAAAUGCACUAUGCACAGUAAACCAGGAUUAAUUUAAUGCAUGAAUGAAAGUGUCCAAUAACAGGGCAGUUACUGUGAUCAAGCGAGUAGUAAGUUGGUCAUGUGACCCUUGCCCCAUGUAGAAUAAAAGAGCUUUUUUAAGGUUACUGAUAUGACUCUUCAUCUCACUUGAGUGGUCAUGACUUUAUACACAAGUUACAAAAUUAAUUUUCAUUUCUUUAGGUGUAAAACUUUUUAAAUGAGGAAAAAGAUUACUGAGUGCACCUUUAAAUUUAAUUGGACGACACUGGUGGCUGAUACCAAGUAUUUUACUAUCAUGAACUGUAUUAACUAUUGUAUUUGAAGGGGAAACUGUGGUUACCAUGGUCUGUUUUUGUAAGGGACAUUUAGAAUAGCAUACUACUCACUAUUUCUGCACUAUGCACAUUUUAAGUAUGCACAGAAUACCUGAAUUGAUUUGCAAGUGUGAGGAAUACUGUAUCCCAUAAUGCAAUGCAUAAUGCAGCUUGAACAGUUUGAGU